AUGGCGACCAUAUCAUUUCCAAACCUUUACACACACCGCAAGGUGGCUGAGACCAAGGCGAAGUCAUGCGAUAUCUGCUACCGGCUCACCAGCAGCGUCCUCAUCACCCCGGACAACAAGGAUUUCUUUUACAUAUGUCCAAGCCAUCUCAAGGAACCAGCACUCUGCACGCCGAAGAUUGAUACCGAAGCUAUUGAGGCUCGGAAGAAAAAGGAACUAGAAGAAGAGAUUGAGAGGGUGAAGAAGGAGUACGAGGAGAAGCAGAAGAAAAGGAAGGAGGAGAAGGAGAAAGGGAAAGAAAGUGAGAAGGACAAGGACAAGAAAGAUGACGAAAAGAACAAGGACAAAGAUGAAAAGAAGGAUGAGAAAGAUCAGGAAAAGUCAAAGGGUUCUAGGAGCACAAGUAGAGAAGGGACCAAAUCGCCUCCUGUGGAAGAAGAACCAAGGAUAUUUGAACUCAAGCCUACCUUCUACCAACAACGCCUGUUGAAGAAGAGGCAGGCUGAGGUUGCAAAGCGCAACCGCGAAAGACUGCGAGAUCCAACUUUCUUCCCCUCGGUCCCCAAGAACCUUCCAUGA